AUGGCUCCGUGGCCCCACCGGAACAGUUCUCUCACCUCGUGGCCUGACGCCCCCACCCUGGAGCCCACUGCCGCCAACACCAGUGGGCUGCCGGGGGUGCCGUGGACGGCGGCCUUAGCCGGGGCGCUGUUGGCGCUGGCGGUGCUGGCGACGGUGGCGGGCAACCUGCUGGUGAUCGUCGCCAUCGCCCGGACGCCGAGGCUCCAGACGAUCACCAACGUGUUUGUGACUUCGCUCGCCGCGGCCGACUUGGUGGUGGGGUUCCUGGUGGUGCCUCCGGGGGCCACUCUGGCACUGACUGGUCACUGGCCCCUUGGCGCCACGGGGUGCGAGCUGUGGACCUCGGUGGAUGUGCUGUGCGUGACGGCCAGCAUCGAAACCCUGUGCGCCCUGGCCGUGGACCGCUACCUGGCCGUCACCAGCCCGCUGCGCUACGGCGCGCUGGUCACCAAGCGCUGCGCGCGGGCCGCCGUGGUCCUGGUGUGGAUCGUGUCGACCGCGGUGUCCUUUGCGCCCAUCAUGAGCCAGUGGUGGCGCGUGGGGGCCGACGCCGAGGCGCAGCGCUGCCACUCCAACCCGCGCUGCUGCGCCUUCGCCUCCAACAUGCCCUACGCGCUGCUCUCCUCGCUGGUCUCCUUCUACCUGCCGCUGCUGGUCAUGCUCUUCGUCUACGCGCGAGUGCUCCUCGUGGCCACGCGCCAGCGGCGCCUGCUGCGCGGGGAGCGGGGCCGCUUCCCCCCCGAAGACUCCCCGCCGCCCGCGCCGCGCCCCCCGCCCCCGGCCCCGGCGGGGAGCGCCGCUUCGCCCGAGGAGGACCCGGCCUGCGGCCGCCGGCCCGCGCGCCUGCUGCCUCUUCGCGAGCACCGGGCCCUGCGCACCGUGGGGCUCAUCAUGGGGACCUUCACCCUGUGCUGGCUGCCCUUCUUCGUGGCCAACGUGGCGCGUGCCGUCGGGGGCCCUUCGCUCGUGCCCGCGCCGGCUUUCCUCGCGCUCAACUGGCUGGGCUACGCCAACUCGGCCUUCAACCCGCUCAUCUACUGCCGCAGCCCCGACUUUCGCUGCGCCUUCUGGGAUAAUUUUAGGUUAUUACUUCCCCUCCAACCUUUCUAA